GCAAGGUGUCCCGGGGUGGAGUCACAGCCGCUCCAGCCUCAGUCUGUCCGUCAGCUCAGCAUUGUGAUUCCUCUCUGGCCUCCACAUUCACCCGGCUGUCGGUAGAGCACCUUUAUCCGAGGACAGUGGACUGAGAACAGAGGACAUUUAGGACUAUAUUCCAGCGCAUUCCGUGUCUUUACAUCGACAGAAGAAGCAGAGAGCCGUCAGCAUGGGGGCCUUUGAGGAGAAAAAGGAAACAUGUGGAACCGUCUGCCUGAAAUACCUCCUGUUUACCUUCAACUUUCUCUUUUGGUUGGCAGGGGGCGUUGUGAUGGCGGUGGGUGUUUGGACCUUGGUUGAGAAGAGCGACUACAUCAGCCUUCUCUCCUCCAAGACCUACGCUGCCUCCGCCUACAUACUGGUCCUGGCUGGAGCCAUCGUCAUGGUAACAGGCGUGCUGGGCUGCUGUGCCACCUUCAAGGAGCAGAGGAGGCUACUGCGAGUGUACUUUGUCCUGCUGCUGUGUAUCUUCCUGUUGGAGAUCCUGGCUGGCGUCCUGGCUUAUAUCUACUACCAGCAGUUGAAUGAGGAGCUGAAGCAGAACCUGAGAGGCACCAUGACUGAGAAGUAUGGACAGACAACCCACGAGCACAUCACCGGGGCUGUGGACAAGCUGCAGCAGGAGUUCAAGUGCUGUGGCAGCAACAAUUCAUCCGACUGGGCUGAGAGCGUCUGGAUUCGCUCCAUAGGCGCAAGCGGCAGGAUGGUGCCUGACAGCUGCUGUAAGAGUCGCACUGACUACUGCGGCCGCAGGGACCACCCAUCCAACAUCUACAAGGUGGAGGGCGGCUGCAUCACCAAACUGGAGAAAUUCAUCCUGGACCAUCUGAAGAUCAUCGGAGCGGUGGGUGUCGGGAUUGCUUGCGUACAGGUCAUAGGGAUGGUGUUUACAUGCUGCCUAUAUCGAAGUCUAAAGGCAGAGCCGUACUAAGAGAAGCAGAAGAAGAAGAGUGUGGGUGAAGGAGGUAACUUCAUCACCACAUGCCAAACUCAAAUAGCCCAUAGGUUCUUUUCUUUGCCUUGCACAUAGGGGAAGAAAAAUUUGGCGAGGGAUCAAAUUGCACAUCUGAGGAUCUCAUUUUAAACAAAGGGUGGAAAAACACUACGAGGUUUCUUGAAGUAAUUAGGCACACAAAUUGCAGUCUCAGCUACAUCUUCGAGAUCACAGCGCUGUGAGAAAAAAGCCUCAGAGAGAGAAACUGAUGGGAAUUUGAACACAGAUUGUGUAAUUUAGUGCGGGGACAGCCUCCCCGGGACUGAAACAUUGUAGUUUUCUUCCACUCCGAUUCCCUCGAUGUACAUUUGUUUUUUUCGGACCAGGUGCUAGACCCGAGAGCGCUGUAAAGAUCAGUGGAGUAAAAACUGGCACUUUGCAGAAAAUGUUAAUCCUGGUCGCAGCAGCUUCCCUUUCCCAGCAGCGUGGUUUAACAAGCCUACCUCUGGGGCCUUCUUCAACUGCAACAGCAUUUAGUUUCCAUGUUAACCAGCCAGUCAUGCAUUUUAAAUAUCUGUUCGAUAGUGGCCUUUUUAAAACUUUUCAACUGUUUUUAUAUUUUGUAAAUGAUUGUUUUCGACACUUGAGGUGCUUUCUUGUGAGCUAUUAUUUUUGCCUAAUGUGUCUUCAUAGUGUCAGUGUUUGAUCUUGUUUUUAAUCAAUUUAAAGACCUGCUGAGAAGGACACAGUAUCUGCUGAGUGAAGGUACACCAAUUAGUGUCUUCCUCAGCAGCAUAACUGGUGCCAUUCGACACAGCAACAGCAGCAUUUUAACCCUGUGUGACUACUCCACGGUGAUGUUAAUGAAGUGAUUAAUGUUACAUACAAGGAGUGCCACUAAUAUGACUCAUAAGAAAGUGCCUCAUGUUUGCUUCUUUUUUUAUACAAGGGAUUUAUCCACUGAUGCCAAAGUUAGUCAACUUUGUGUAAGGACCUACUGUAUCUCUUCCAGCCUUAUUCACGUAUAUCUACAGAUGUCUCUCUUUUUUAGAUUGUUUUCAUAAAUGAAGAUUUUGUUUUACUUUUCUAUAGUCCAUAAAUAUUUUAUUGUAUUUAACAGACACUUUUGGUAGAAAGUGAUAGUCACUCACUGUUGGCAAUGAUCUUUUCCCGUGUGCCUCAAAGACAACACUCAAUUAAUCUGCUGUAUUUCUGUUUUUGUGAUAAUCCUGGAAUAAUUUUAGUUUGAAUAAACACUAAACAACAAUACACUUUU